GUCUGUGUGUCUCUCUGUGUGUCUCCCUGUGUGUCUGUGUGUGUGUCUGUCCCGGCGCAAUGACGGCUGAUUUUCGGGUGAGUGAGUCGGGUUCUGAGUUGCUUGCCAGACUUAAAGGAAGAAGCUCUCUGAAAAAUCUUGAACCAAGACUUUUUACAGAGGAAGGAUUGGCAAGUCAUGGAGACGCUGUUGAGUUUUACGGCCCAGAAGGAACAGGGAAAUCUGAAAUGCUGUAUCACCUGGUCGUGUCCUGCAUCCUGCCAGAAUUAGCUGGGGGCCUGCAGGUGGAAGUGCUGUUUAUCGACACUGAUUACCACUUUGACAUGCUCCGCCUGGUCACCAUUCUGGAACGCCGGCUGCCGCAGGGCACUGAGGACACGGUCAAAGGCUGCCUGAGCCGCCUGUAUCUGGUUCAAUGCGGGGGCAGUACCCAACUGCUGCUCCUCCUGCACUCCCUGGAGGCCUUGGUUUGCAGCCACCCUGCUCUCUGCUUGCUUAUUGUGGACAGCAUCUCCGCCUUCUACUGGAUGGACAGGCUCAGCGGUGGGGAGAGCAUCAACCAACAGGAGGCCAGCCUGUGCCGCUGCAUCGAGCACCUAGAGAAACUGCUGAGCGAAUACCAUUUGGUGUUGGUGGCAACCACACAAGCCCUCAUGCAUGUGCCAGGGUCCGGGGUGUACAAGUCUGAUGGAGUUUCCGCUGCUUGGUUACCUCUCCUGAGCACUGCUGCGCAGUAUAAGCCGUACCUGUGCAAGUCCUGGCAAAGACUGGUCAAACAUAGGCUGGUUUUCUCCAAGUGUAACAACAAUGCAAGGGACAAUAAGCUGGAUUUCACCAUUGUUUCUCUACAUCCCAAAAGCAGUGUUGUGAGCAAGUGUGCUUUUACUGUUACUGAUGGUGGGAUCCAGUUUCUUUAACUCUUCUACAGAUUAAGAGUAAUUGGUGAGGAGCAGAAGGAGAAAGAGCUUCUGUGAUUUACAAGGGGGGGGUGGGGGGAGGUAAUCACGUGCCUUUAACUUUGAUCUGCUGCUAAUUGUAUUGGUUCAGUCGAGUCUGUUCAUUGGAGGCGGGUAAAUCUGAAUGAGCUCAUUCAACGAGGCAGGUAAAUCUGAUUAACCCUUUAACUGUGGACUGACCUCCCCCACCCAAUGAGGCCAAGUAAAGGAAUAAAAAUUUUCAGGAA